AGGAGGAUUUCCUUUCCAUACUUUGUUUAUGUCGCAAGGUGUCUGACAGCAACUAGUUAACUGGAGUGUUUAGUGGUAUAUUUCGUCGGAACACCUUUCCCUAUUAAUGAGUGCAUAUACAUAUAUACGACCGUAGGUUUCUGGAUGUUGGUGAUGGGAUAUUUUGUUGAAUGAAGCGAACGCCCCGGGUGCCAAUAGGAUGAACUCCAUCACCGGUCGGGAUCUCGCUGUCCCCGCUGCUUCUGUCACAAACUCUGGAUCUUCAUCUUCACGAGCUUUGCACGUAGAACUCACCUCUCAGCAGAGGCGGUUACGUCAUCUCCGAAGCAUCGCUGCCCGAAACAUCGUGAAUAGGAUUGGUUCUCCUCUGCUGGACACGUACUUCACCCUCCAUCUCUCUCUGGAGGACCGGAUAUCCAGAGGCUUUUACAAGAGCGAAGUCAUCCAGGAUUCACUGAAUCCAACAUGGCGGAGUCUGGACUUCGGCAUGCUGCCGGACCUCCUGGACACGUCCGUCUGCUUCGUGGUGAGGAUCUGGGGCGGCCGAGAGCAGCAGUACCAGCUCCUCAUCGAGUGGAAGGUCAACCUGGACGGCCUCCGAUACGCAGGACAGCAGAUCCGCUCCAGGAACCCGAAUGAGAUUAUUUUUGGAUUGAACGAUGGUUACUAUGCAGCUGACUUUGAUCAGAAGGACAACUCUGAAAGGAAGAAGAAUAGUUUGCUUCAGGUGGACCAGAGUUCUGUCAGAAACUCCUACAGUGUCUUCUCUCUCCUCAGGCUCCACACGGCCCAGAGAGCCAUCAAGCAGACCCAGGUGACGGUGCAGAAGAUCGGGAAGGAGAUCGAGGAGAAGCUGCGGACGACUGCGGCCUGCACGGAACGGAAGAAGGAGAGGGAGUGCAUGCAGGUGCGUCUCGGGGUGCUGCACUGUGAGCUGGAGCGGCAGAGGAAGGCCCUGGGCAGAGAGACCGACCUGCGGCAGAAAGAGAGAGCGCUGCUGCAGAGGAAAGAGGAAGCGUUCUCCACCCUUCACCAGAGUCUGGAUGCGGAGAAGGAGUCGUUAGCAGAGCAGCAGAAAGAAUGCACUGCCAAAAGAGAGCUGUUCCUCAAGUCCAACGCUCAGCUCACCUUCCGCUGUCGUCAGCUGCUGUCAGAGCUCUCCUACAUCUACCCCAUCGACGUGGCCAAUCAGGCUGAUUAUGUCAUCUGCGGUGUUAAGCUGCCCAACUCUGAAGAUUUCCAAGCGAAGGAUGACGGGAGUGUGGCGGUUGCCCUGGGUUACACGGCGCACCUGGUCCUGAUGAUCUCGUGCUUCCUGCAGAUCCCCCUCAGGUACCCGGUCAUCCACAAGGGCUCGCGCUCCUCCAUCAAGGACACCAUCACCGACAAGCUGAGCGAGAAGGAGAGAGAGUUCCCUCUCUACCCCAGAGGAGAGCGCUUUCAGUUUGAAUAUGGCGUCUACUUGCUCAACAAGAACAUUGCUCAGCUGAGGUAUCAGCACGGCCUGUCCACACCAGACCUGCGCCAGACUCUGCCCAACCUCAAGAACUUUCUGGAACACGGCCUCCUCGUCAGAUGUGACCGGCACCAAGUGUCCAGCUCCAUCCCGGUUCCGCCCAAGGCCCAGCUCGGCGUGUCCGGGGCGUCCGUGUCCGAGGUGGGCUUCCCCAGCCACAGCAGCUCCCCGGACCGGGGCCUCAGGAAGAGGGCCAGCUCAGAGGCCGACCAGCUCAAGUACAAGGCCUCGCCGCCGACCAGCUACAGCACAGCCAUGGCCCAGGCGGAGGAGGAGGCGGCAGGGGGACGAGGCCUGGCGGUUCCAGGGCCCUCCCCCAAGCACAUGUCCACCUCCCUGGAUGCCUGCAUCAACCUGACCAACACCAUGGAGGGGGAGGGGGGUGGGGGAGGAGUUAGAGAUGGAGAGGUCGAGGUGUCGGUGGUGGAGGAGCAGCCUGCUACUGCCAGCACCUCCGGGUCGGGGUCGCCCACUCCUGUGGACGGCACCGGUGAGGAGGUGGAGGUCACCGACCGGCAGCACGACGGGGCCAUGAACGGUUUGGCGGUGCCUGGGGAGGGCCCGGCGGGGCCGUCCAUGACCGCAGGCCUAGCCCCCGAGAUGUGCUGCUCGGUGGAGCAGGCUGAGGAGAUCAUGGGCACGGAGGCCACAGGCCUGGGGCUGGGGUUGGGCCUGGGGCUGGGGCUGGGAGAUGGGGCACGGAUGGAGGACUACCCCUGCAUCCCCGUGGAGCACGCCGUGGCGGUGGAGUGUGACGAGCAGGUCCUGGGCGAGCUGGACGCCGCCGGCUUCGAGGAGUUCUCCAGACGCAUCUAUGCACUUAACGAGAACAUGUCCAGCUUCCGCCGGCCGCGCAAGAACUCGGAGAAGUGAGGCGGGGGACCGAGGGGAGGGGCCAACCCACGGGUCAGGGAGGACCGAGAGGAAAGGGGAGGAGUCCUGCGUGGGGAUUCGUCUCUCGAACGUCGACGGAAGACAAAUACGACAUAGGAGCUUCGAUGUGGAAUUACGACCAAUUUGCACUUCUCUGAAACAUUUCUCUAGUCAUCCAUUAAAUUGAAAUAAAGCGAAUGUUUUGUGUGGUUGAAGAGCAUCCCGGACCUUCUUUGCAUGGCGGUUUACUGUGACUGACUGACUGUGUGUCUGUGUGUGUGUGUGUGUGUGUGUGUGUGUGUGUGUGUGUGUGUGUGUACGUAUGUGUGUGUUUAGCUACCUACACACAUCUAGGGGCUCAAGCAUAGUGGUAGACCUGCACAGCGGAACGAGCUGUUCAAUCCUGCCAAUGACCUUGGACCUAAGUCUUGUGUAAAUCGACACCCUCAGAGUGAGGCGGGACCUAAGAUCAGAUAUAGCCCAAUCAGAUGCUUUGUUACUACUCCACCCAGGAGCAUCGGGCCCUCACAGUGGAAAGGCAUGGUCUGUCUGUCUUCCUAGGGGUGAGACUGUAACCGUAGAGCAUCUCUGCAGGCUGAUGAGAUAAUAGGAGAAUAAAGUUGGUAGCUUAAUGGCACAUGCCAGGGAUACUGUGCAAUUGUUUUUCCGUCCUUUUACAUGUCUGCAUUCUCUUUUAUGACCUUUGAAUACACUGUCACUGUUAAGUCCCAUAGAUCACAAAUGUGGUCCACAAAAGAGUACAGAACGACCUGUACGAUACGCUUUAAAUAUCACACUGGGACCUGAACUGUACAGUGAUACUUUUAUUUGAAUCCUCUGUCCAUGAUUUGUCUGUCUUCAGAUUUUUCUGCCAAAUGGCUGUUUUCUUGCACUGCUGUGCAUUGGCAAUUAUGUGUGUUAUUUAUAAUGUCUCUCACUGAGUUAUGUGAAUUUGUUUUGAAGGUGACCCCCCCCCCCCCCUCUCCUGCUCUCUUUCCCCAUUGUGGGACAUCACUCAUUGACGUUGCCCAAUGUUCAAAUCUGUCACCUGGGUAUUUGUCUUUCUUGCAAAAGCCACAGAUUAUCUCACCAUUGAAAGCUGGUUUAGUCUACUGCUUUGCAUUGCCUGCCGUACAAAGAUGGACCACCCCCCCCCCCCAAAAAAAAAACAACAAAAAAACAUGGGAUAGUUUUUUUAUUUCUUUUUAUUAUGAUCAAGUACUGUGGUUAAAGACUGUUGAAAUGUAUCGUAUUUAAGCUGCAAGAUGGAACAUUGGUUGAUCAUUUCCAUAACCUGCUACAGUAUGUGACCUUGUACAUAUAUACUUUUGUAUGGAGGCUGUUUUAUUAUUAAAGACUUGCAGUCCAGUGGUAUGGCUGUAAAGCCCCCUUUG